UCAAACCUAACCAAAAUAUCAACCCACUUUUAUAAAUAAAGAUAUUUUACAAUUAAAUUUGAAAAUUUUAGGUGGGUUUUUAUUUUUCUCUCUCUAGCUCUCCCUCCCCACCCACUUGAGGAGAGCAGAGGGGUCAACAAUGGUAGUCUAAUUUUUGCGAUUUUCCUAUUAAAGAUUGCAAAUUUUUCCAAUUCUCGCAUAAAAGAGUGUAAUUUCUUGCAAAUUUUGAAAAAAGAUUGAAAAUAUAUUAAUAAAGAUUGAGAAUAAAAUUGUAAAAUUUGCAAAUUGGGAAAGUAAAAAGAUGUUUGGGUGGGGUUGUUUUCAUUGGAACAGAAGAUUAGAGUAUUUUGAAGUUACACAAUCACCUGAGCCCUUUUCUUUGCCUGCUCCUCUGCCUCAAUGGCCUCAAGGUGAUGGUUUUGCCACGGGAAGGAUACGCCUCGGGGAGUUGGAGGUUGCCAAGAUCACCAAGUUUGAAAGUGUUUGGAGUUGCAACCCAUAUCGUAGAAAUAAAAAUGCAAAAGUUGUAACAUUUUAUAGGCCUGUGGGGAUUCCGGAUGGAUUUUUUUGUCUCGGUCACUAUUGCCAAUCAAAUGAACAUCCGUUAUGGGGUUUUGUCCUGGUUGCUAGGGAGGUUAAACAAUCGUUAGAUCUUCCUGCUCUACAAAGACCACUUAACUAUUCGUUGGUUUGGAGCUCAGAUUGUGGUUUUAUUUGGUUGCCUAAUGCUCCAACAGGCUAUAGAGCGCUGGGCCUUCUGGUUACAGAUACACCAAUUGAGCCUUCAGUUGACAGCAUUCGUUGUGUUCGACUAGAUUUGACACAAAAUUGUGAAGCUUGUGAAAUGAUACUUGAUGAUGAUUUUACAAUUUGGGAGACGAGACCUUGCAAAAGGGGUUUGUAUGGAAGAGGCGUAUGUGUAGGUACAUUCUUUAGCAGUACAUAUGGGAUAAUCAAUGAAGAUGUGGUAACCACGGCAUGUCUGAAGAACCGGGAUCCUACCCUACACGCAAUGCCUAAUUUGGAGCAAAUCCAUGCCCUUAUCAAGCACUAUGGACCCACAGUGUAUUUCCACCCUGAUGAGAUCUAUAUGCCCUCAUCAGUGCAGUGGUUUUUCGACAAUGGGGCACUCUUGUACAAGAGUGGUAAAAGUGAUGGCGAGAGAAUUGAUUCUAAAGGUUCACAAUUGCCUAAGGAUGGCUGUAAUGAUGGGGAAUUUUGGAUAGAUUUGCCAAAGGAUGAAGUGAAACGGGAUUAUGUCAAGCGCGGGAACUUAGAGAGUGCAGAAUUGUAUGUUCAUGUGAAACCAGCGUUUGGUGGUACAUUCACUGACAUUGUAAUGUGGGUCUUUUGCCCCUUCAAUGGGCCUGCAACCCUUAAAGUUGGAUUGGCCAAUAUCCCACUGGCUAGAGUAGGAGAGCACGUAGGUGAUUGGGAGCAUUAUACUCUUCGUGUGAGCAAUUUCACAGGGGAGCUGUGGAGCAUAUACUUCUCAGAACACAGCGGCGGUAAGUGGGUUGAUGCUACUAAUUUGGAAUACAUAAAUGGAAACAAGGCUAUUGUUUAUUCAUCUAAAUGUGGUCAUGCUAGUUAUGCACAUUCCGGAACUUAUCUCUUAGGGCCUUCUAAGCUUGGUAUAGGGGUGAGAAAUGAUGUUGCUAAAAGCAAAUAUUAUGUGGACUCAAGUACCAAAUACAAGAUUGUUGCUGCCGAGUAUCUUGGAGACACCAUUGAAGAACCGUGUUGGCUUCAGUACAUGAGAGAAUGGGGGCCAACAUUGAUGUACGAUGCACGUUCUGAGAUAGACAAACUAAUGAAUCAUCUUCCCAUAUUUGUACGAUUCUCAAUGGAAAACUUGCUGGAUAUAUUCCCAACUGAGCUUUAUGGCGAGGAAGGGCCAACAGGACCCAAAGAGAAGGAUAACUGGUUCGGCGAUGAAAGAUGGUGAUCACCUUCAAAGAAGGCUAAGGCACUUCAAUUGGUGGGAACGGGAAAAGCAAUCGUUUUCCUUCAAUACCGGUUAGAUGGAUUUAGCUCCGCCCCUGAAUAUUUACAUCAGUUUGAGUGGUGUGACGAAAAUUGAGUUAGUUGAGUAUGUACAUAUUUGUCUCUCGGUCACCCUGAUAUCCUUUCUAAAGUAGCUUCCGAGAAGGGCCAUGGGUGUUGCAGAGGCUAAACUCUUGACAUAAACUGUGAAAUGGUUAAUUGUCUGUUUAGAGUGGGAUUACCCGAUAAUUCGUAUACUUGAAAUAUUGUAUUAUAACUUGCCCAUAUUUUCAUUUUUCAGUUCAUUCAAUUGUUAAUCCAGCAUAGUUUAUCGAUUCAAAGUUUCUCAAUGUACAUGUGAUAUACGAACUAUAUUAUUCCUGCUUCAAUGAUGCAGAAUCUCACUCGAGAAGAAACCUUUUCAUUUUA